GAGUGCAGACGGUUGGAACAAUGCCAGAUUCACCUGCGGAUGUGAAAACCCAGCCCAGGUCCACCCCACCCACCAUGCCUCCACCACCCCCGGCUGUCAGCCAAGCAACCAAUCGCAGCGCUUCGUUCACCCCCACCACCAGUAAAUCAAUGCUGAACGGAAGCAGCCACUCUCCGACAUCGCUGAAUGGUGCUCCGUCCACGCCCAACGGCUUCAGCAACGGGCCGGCCAUGUCCUCGACGGCCUCGCUUUCCAACCAGCAGCUCCCGCCGGCCUGCGGCGCCCGGCAGCUCUGCAAGCUGAAGCGCUUCCUGACCACGCUGCAGCAGUUUGGCAACGACAUAUCGCCUGAGAUCGGAGAGAGAGUGCGCAGCCUUGUGUUGGGACUGGUGAAUUCCACCCUCACUAUCGAAGAGUUUCACUCCAAACUUCACGAGGCCACCAAUUUUCCUCUGAGGCCAUUUGUCAUUCCCUUCCUGAAG